CCGAAUCGGCCCAUUCGCCACGAGAUCAUCCUCAAGGCCGGGGCCGUACCUCCGUGUGGUUGCAUCUACCGCAUGAGCGAGGAAGAGUUAAGCGUGCUACGGGCACAACUCGACGACCUUCUCGAGAAAGGCUGGAGCUCCUCGCCAUACGGCACUCCCGUUCUCUUCGUCCGGAAGAAGAACAAGGACUUGCGGUUGUGCAUCGAUUAUCGCAAGCUCAAUGCGCAAACCGUCAAGAAUGCCGACCCUCUUCCGCGCAUCGACGACCUCCUCGAACGGCUGGGCGGCGCCAAGUUCUUCUCCAAGCUUGACCUCAAAUCGGGAUAUCACCAACUCGAGAUCCGGCAGGAGGACCGCUACAAGACCGCGCUUAAGACGCGAUAUGGGCAUUUCGAAKGGCUGGUUAUGCCUUUUGGCCUUACGAAUGCCCCGGCCACAUUCCAAGCGGCUAUGACAAUGGAGUUCCGACACAUGCUGGAUAGAUUCGUACUCAUCUACCUCGCCGACAUCUUGGUGUACAGUCGGAGUUUGGAUGAGCAUGUGGAACACCUGCGCACCGUCUUGGAGCGGCUACGACAAGCCAAGUACAAAGCCAACCGCGACAAAUGCAAAUUCGCGCGGCAAAAGCUGGAGUACUUGGGAUAUUAUGUGACGCCGCAAGGCAUCCGUCCGCUCGCGUACAAGAUCGAGUAAGCAGAGGAAGUGGUAAAAAGUGGAACCGCAGCAGAGACAACUGUUGUAGUAGGAACCGCAGCAGAGGCAACUUCCGCAGCAGGGACCGCAGCGGAGGCAACUUCCGUAGCAGAAACUGCUGGAAUGAAACCCGGAGUUGAAACAGCAGCAGUAGAAACUGCAGCCAUGGAGACCACAGCGGCAGCAGCAGUAGAAACUGCAGUCGUGGAAACCACAGCGGCAGCAGCAGUAGAAACUGCAGCAGUGGAGACCACAGCGGUGGAAGCGGUGGCGGUGGGAACCGCAAUAGUGGGAACUGCAUUAGCAGCAGAUGAACAAGCAGUGACAGGACGAGCAGCSGAGGCAACUUCYGUAGCAGAAACUGCUGGAGUGAAACCCGGAGUUGAAACAGCAGCAGUAGAAACUGCAGCAGUGGAGACCACAGCGGUGGAAGCGGCGGCGGUGGGAACCGCAAAAGUGGGAACUGCAUUAGCAGCAGAUGAACAAGCAGUGACAGGACGAGCGCGAUGUGGGGAUAAAGAAGAAAGUGGGUGAUGCAAGGACCAUCGCAGCAUGCGUCGGAACCACUGAGAGAGACGGGUGACGUGUGUAGGAUAGCGACGUUGGCGGGAGCUCACUACUGAUAAACCAGACACAAAAAAACUCUGCCGGACUCAGAUAUUAGCUGAAAAACGGGUCUGCUUUGGAACAAACGCCAACAGUAAUC